CAACAACCACAGCGGCACAAACAACCACAGUUGCUUCAACAACAAGCAGAGCCACUGCAACAACCACAGCUGGUCCGACAUCAACCGCGGCCACUGCAACAUCACCCACUGCUGCUCCGACAACAACCACAGGUACUCCCACAACAACCACAGCGGCUCCAACAACAAUGAUAACUGCUCUGACAACAAUCACAGCUGCUCCGACAACAAGAGCUGCUUCAACAACAACCACAGCUGCUUCAGCAACAACCACAGAGGAGCCAACAACCACAGUUUCACAAUCUACAACCACAGCCAUUCUGACAGUAACCACAGCUACUCCGGCAACAACCACAGCGGCUGAGACAAAAACCAYCGCGUCUCCAACAACAACCACAGCUUCUCCAAGAUCAACCACAGCCACUCUGACAACAACCACAGCCGCCCUGACAACAACAACUGCUGCUCCGACAACAACCACAGCCGCUCAAACAACAUCCACAGCUUCUGCCACAAAAUCCACAGCCUCUCCAAAAGCAAAAGCUGCUCCAUCAACAACCACAGCAUCUGAGACAACAACCACAGCAGCUGCAACUACAACCACAGCUGCUCAGACAGCCACCACAGCGGCUUCGACAACAACCACAGCAACUCCAACAACCACAGCUGCUCUGACAACAACCACAGAGGCACCAGCAACCACAGCUUCUCCAUCUACAACAACUUCUCCGACAACCACAACAGUUGCUCAUACAAUUACCACAGCAGCUGAGACAUCAGCCACACCUUCUCCAAGAACAACCACUCUGACAACAACCUCAGCGGCUGAGACAACAACCACASCUGCUCAGACAACCACCACAGCGGCUUUAACAACAACCACUGAUUUGCCAACAACAACCACAGCUUCUCUAACAACAGUCGCUCUGGCAACAAUCACAAGAGUGCCGACAACAAAUACAGUAUGUCCUUCAACAAUCAAAUCUGCUCAGACAACCACCACAGUGGUUCCAACAAACAYCACAGCCACUCCAACAUUAACCACAACGGUGCCGACAACAACCACAGCCACUCAAAAAACAACCACAGCAGCUCUACAGCCAGYUCGUACAGCCACAGUUGUGGCUGGUGCAGCGGCUGAGACAACCACUUCAGCUACUCCGACAAUAACUACUUCUUCAGCUGUACCAGCCACAACUGCAGUUGAUGCACCAACCACCAUUUCCGUCACUACUGCAGUCGCUGGCUCCACUAAUAUUCCUCCAACUAUAUCUAAUACAACGAAUACAACAACAACCUCCAAUGCAGUUCACAACAAAUCAAGGGUCUUCCUGCUUAUAGCUCUUUUUUCAAUAGUUUUGUUAGAUUAAACCUGCACCUACAGUAUGCUAUAUUGAAAUCAAAUCUUCUAGUCUUGAAAUAUUUUUAAAUGUUUUAUAUACACUAUUUUUAUUUCUAUGUUAUUAUUUUUAACGUAAUCUUUAAAUCCAUCAUGAUGGUUGUACGUUAAACUCUUAAAUCAAUAACACACGUUUUUGUCUCUUGAAACAUUUUAAAAUUACUCUAUCAGAUGGGAUGCUCUUAUUUUAUGAUAUCUUUUAAAAUGCCAUAAUUCUUAUUUUA